AUGUCUACCACUACCACGACAGGCAUCUUUUCCACUCUCAGGCCCCUCGGCCUGCCUCCGACGCCAAUCUUGUCCAUUGUGCUGACCUACGCCAUCAAUGUUGUCGCGACACCGCGCAUGUAUUACUCCGACAAACUGCUGGGCGAAAACAACCAGGACCCCGCAUCUCUGCUUAACCGCGCCGAGCAAGAAAAGGGCCAUGUCAGCCAUGAGCAGCGCACCAAGAUCAUUCGCGCCAAAGCCGCCGCUGCCAAUCUGCUUGAGGUCAGCCCACUGUAUCUCGCCGCCACCUUGGUCGGAUGGCUCGGCGGUGUUUCGCCUCAGUUGCAGAAUGCCUAUCAUGCAACCUGGUUCCUUUCUCGCGCUGGCUACAAAUGGGCUUACCUAAACGGACAGGGUGCCGCAAGGUCCACUUUAUUCAUGGUCGCUUUCUUCUCAACCCUCGCUAUGCUCUUCACUGGCGGCAACGCUCUUCAUGCCAAGACUGCCCUCUUCACAGCAUGA